AUGGCGACGAAUGAUUUCAUCAGCAACCUUCACAACGAAGUUUUGGCUAGGAUUAUAUCAGACUUACCAGCCAUUGAAGCAAUAAGAACAACUAUUUUAUCAAAACGAUGGAAGGAUUUAUGGAGAAUCGUUCAUCUUUUAAGUAGUUGCAGAAACGGUGAUCUUGAGAAGUGGAUUAAAUAUCUUACAUCCGAGAAGAAAGUGCAAGAAUUGGCUUUCCGUUGCGAUGAUUUUCAACAAGAGUUUUAUAGAAGAAGCCAUUCUGGACGGGGUCUGAAUUUACCGUCUGGGAUUUUUUCAUGUGAAACUCUGCAAUCACUUGAGUUCACACAUUACAGUAUCCGAUCCGAUUCCCCUUUUCACCAUUGCCAUAACCUCAAAACCUUGAAACUUUAUCACUGCGCUAUUAGCACUGAAACCCUUGAAGCAAUCGUUUCUAGCUGUGAUCUUUUGGAAUAUUUGAGCGUUUGUUAUUCCCCCUUCAGGUUAAAACAGGUUCGGAUCUUUAGCCAAACGGUUAAGACUGUGGAGCUGGUAUCAUUGCGUUCGCAGGGCAUUUAUUUAUCUACCCAAUCUCUUGGUGUUUUGGUGCUUCAUUCUAUGAAAUUUCAAGCCAAAAAUUUGGUUAUCCAUGCUCCAAAUCUUAGGGUUUUUACUGCAACUCGCAAGCCCAUAACUAAAAAUUCAGACAAUAUCACCAAGAUUGCUGAAAUUCUAGAGUAUUGCACUCAUCUCUUGGAAAGUAGAAGUGAAAUAGAGGAAGCAACAAGGGAUUACAGUAGUGUAAACAACCGACUGCCAUAUCCAGAGACAAAGCUAUGGGAGAAAAGAGGGUUGUGCGAUUGUAUUACAUUCACACUAAAACAAGUAUCCAUUAAGGGAUUCAAAGGGAAAGAUGGGGAAAUGGAAUUCCCAAGGCAUCUGAUUACGAAAGGUGCCAAGUUGAAGAGAAUAGAGAUUUGGUGUAACCAUGACUGCUCUAGAGAAGGAGGUGAGGCAACUCUUGGUUUACUUUCACUGCCUAGAUCCUCCAUUGAUGUCUCCAUUCUUCUUAAACCGCCACCCCAAUUUGAUGGUAGUUUUGGAAGAUGGGUCUCAACCCUAAACUAG